AUGCGAACAAACAGUCAACUUCCUUGUCGAGUCGUUGUGCUUCGUAUCUGUGGCGGUGUUGUGUGUACAUUCAGUGCGCUUUGGUUGGCUCGUUUCUCUCUGUCCGGUGAUGGUUGUAUUGUGCCGGAAUCUGAAUCUUCGACUCAUACUUCACCGUCUCACAUAUUCUGGCUUGGAGGCAGUCUUUUNCUUUUCCUCGGUCUGGGUAUCGGUUUGUCCUCAUCCACGAUGGGUAUCACCGGUGCGGACACAUCGGGCAAUCGAAAUGUGCAUCGUCUUCAACUGGCCGGUCUCAUCGGUCAAAUGCUGAUCCCGGCAGCUGUCGGCUAUGUGCAUCAUUUGGCUUCGUUUUGGCGCUACACUUGUGUCCUGAGCAGCACCACUCUCGUACUCAGUGUGCUCCUAACCCUGGCGUUCACCAUCGAUCUGUUAUGGAGUCGAUGUAUUGGUUCCUGGUGUGCAGUUCAGUCGUCCCGUUCCUCUUCCACUAUCGGGUCGAGUGAUUCGAACAGUUUCGGAGACUCAGAUCCGAUUCGUGCAAAAGCUGCCCUAUCACCUGUCGUUUUGCAUGCAGCAAGGGACUGA